AGUGGAUGAGGCGGUGUACGCCUGACCGAAACCGUGCGUACCCAUCUAUGGAGCCCCGCCCACUGAGCUACCACCGCUACCCUAGCAACACCAGCUAGCUAAGUUAGCUUAGCCCCGUUGUUGAAGUUGUAAAAUUGACAACACAGUCCAUGUUUUGCUGUCUAUAAACAUUACAAACACCACUAUAAGAGCUGAAGGGGCAGGACUUAAACCCCAAGGUAUGUGCUCGGUCGUCGGAUGUGAUUCGUGGCGUCGCAGUGCGCAACGGUUCAAGUUGCCGGAGGAUCCGGAGCGGAGGCUGGAGUGGAUACAGUUUAUCGCUGAGGUCAACAAGCAGCGUUUUAAAGAGUCGUCCUGGACUGAUAUCACGGUUUGCAGCGAACACUUUAAAGACGACUGUUUUGACUCAGACACGACUGUCAAGGUCCAGCCAACGUUGAAGCCCGGUGCUGUCCCAUCACUGUGUCCACAGUCGGACGAACCUGAGUCUAGCCUGGAACCACAUGAUCAACUUGAUCGAGAUGCCCAAGGAAGCCCAAUCCCAAGCAGCAUCUCAUAUUCAACUGACACUUCAGAUGCUUUUAUAUCUGUACAUGGACAGAUGCAUCCAGAAAAUGCAGAUGGUGAUUUGAUCGGGGAAAAAGCUGCACUUCUACAGAAAAAGGGGAAGUAUGUUGUGAACGAAAAACGCCCUGUCCAGUUAAUUAACUGCAAUUGUCCCACGUGUGGCGGUAAACUUCACAUAGAGAAAGUCAGCAACGGGGUGCUCAUCAUUUUGAACCAACAGUGCCUUCAGUGCGAGUACAGAAACCAAUGGAUAAGCCAUGUCAGUGCACCAACAACUGAAAAUCAGCACCUGACAGUAACUCCAGAGACCAAACAGGCAAUGCCAAUAGAUGACACCCAGAGCAGUAUUACAGGGGUACCUGAGAUUGUUGCUGUUCUUGGUGGGGAGAAUGAUCCCACAGACGAGGAAGAAUCAAGUGAUCCGGGUGACAUGGAUUCAGACGAGGAUUGGAAGACAGAAAAAAAUGUUUUGCUGGCUAAAGUGCCUAAAAAGGAAACAGAUGACGAAGAUGAAGAUGAAGAAGAAGAGGAAGAGGAAGAGGAAGAAGGUUGUGAGUAUCCCCCAUUUGUCCCCAACCAGUCAAGUCAGCUCUGCACAGAGUGCGGGAAGUUUUUCAGUAAACGGUGGCGUCACACGUGUGAGCAUAAAAUUAAACCCUAUCCUUGCAAUUUCUGUGGUAAGAGAUGUGUUAGUGAAGUCGCUCUAAAUUCUCACAGCAGAAUCCAUGAUGCAAACUAUGAGCAUCGAUGUAAAUACUGCCACAUGACAUUCAAAAUCAAGGUGGACAAACACACCCAUGAGCAGACUCACGUAACUGAAGGAAAGCCCUAUAAAUGCACCGACUGUUCAGAGACAUUUGCCACAAAUAAGGAGCGCAGAAUCCACCUGGCGGGUCACAGAGGCCUCCGACAGUUAAAAUGUGACUUCUGUGGGAUUGAAUUUUUGUGGCCACUCACUCUCCAGAGACACUUAGCUGUGCACACAGGAGAGAGGCCGUUCAAGUGUUCAAUUUGCCAACGUGGCUUCAACCAGGCAGGCCACCUGAAAUCCCACAUGCGUCUGCACACGGGAGAGAGACCUUACAAGUGUCAGCAUUGUGACAAAUGCUUUAAUCACAACGUGAGCUUGAAGAGUCAUGUCCAGCGUUACCACACACCUAAUUCUGGAUGUGAAGAGAACACAAAAAAGACAAGUAACACUGGUGACGCUGUGGGAAAUGGGAACAAGAGAGGUGCAGAUUCAGGGCUCGACAAUAAAGAGGAAGAAGAGGAUACAGAAGAGGACGAGAUAAUAUUUAUACCUAAUAAAAAAAGGAGAGGCACAGGUAGGCCCAUCGGAAGGCCUAAGAGGUCAUCAGACAACCCGGCGAAAGGCCAGUGUUCAAACAUUAGGACUGGAAAACCAAGGGGGCGAAAGAAGAAGAGAACACAGUGCAGUGAUGAGAACGAGCUGAGUGGCAGCGAGGCAUCCUCUGAUUCAGCAGAAGAGGAAGAAGAGAGGAGGAACAACACAGGGAGAUCAAGGGGAAGACCAAAAGAAUUAGUAAAGUGACUCAAAAGAAAAAAAGAAAAGGAGACCCAGUAGCCAGAACAGGUGAAAAAUCACUUAGGCCAGGGUCUAUGUAAAAACUGAAUUGUCUUUUACUGUUAAGAGAAGUUGUUGUUUAAAAAGUUUAAAAAUACUUAAAUACUUCUAAAUCUAGUUACCUUAUGUGUAUACUGAUUGGAUAAAAGCAGACAUGGGACCAAGUCACACAUGUGCAAGUCACAAAUAAGUCCCAAG